AUGGGCUAUUUUGACCCAACAAAACAAUCUGAGGUGCUAGUAGAUGCCAGCCCGGUAGGUGUUGCUGCAGUUCUGACUCAAAAGUCGGGUGACGAGAUAUCUGUUAUAAGCUAUGCCAGUCGAGCGUUGUCUUCAGUUGAACAACGAUAUUCCCAGACCGAAAGGGAGGCACUUGCAGUCGUGUUUGGCUGCGAAAAAUUCCACCUGUACCUUUAUGGAAGUCACUUCAUCAUCCUUACCGAUCAUCGACCUCUCUUAGGGAUUUUCAACAACCCUAGGUCUACACCACCAGCUCGGAUCGAACGCUGGGUGUUGCGGCUUCAACAGUAUGAUAUGAUGCUACAGUACCGUCCAGGCAAGGAUAACCCAGCAGACUUUACAAGCCGACAUCCUGGGAACAGUGCAUCAUGCAGCCGUGCAGAGAUAAUCGGUGAAGAGUACAUUAACUUCCUGGCACAGGCAAGCACUCCUAUCGCCUUGACCCUUGAUGGGAUCAGAGCAGCAACUGCUGGUGAUAAGGAAAUGCAAGAUGUCAUAAAGGCCAUCAGAUCAGAUCGGUGGUCACCAGAGAUCUCACAAUACCAGAAGGUCAGAGGGGAGCUAUCGGUUACAGCCGACCAAAGCCUAGUCCUCAGAGGACGACGCAUAGUUCUCCCACAGUCAUUGCGCCAGAGAGCAAUAGAGCUUUCUCACGAAGGCCACCAGGGACUAGUUAAAUCUAAGCAAUUGCUCAGAGCGAAGGUGUGGUUCCCAAAUGUAGACAAGCUAAUGGCGGACCAAAUAGAAAAAUGCAUAGCAUGCCAGAGUAAUAUCACAACUCCCCAGACUACGGUUCCUCUACAAAUGACAGACUUACCGGAUUACCCAUGGCAGUCUGUCAGCGUUGACUUCUAUGGUGAGCUACCAUCAGGAGAACAUCUUAUGGUUUUAAUAGAUGAUUUCUCCAGGUAUCCAGUGGUUGAGAUCAUACACUCACUCACUGCUACGACUGUCAUUCCUGUCCUUGACAGAGUGUUUUCUCAGUUCGGAACCCCAGAAAGGUUGAGGUCCGAUAACGGCCCUCCCUUCAACAGUCAAGACUUUGCAGACUUCACUAAAUAUCUCGGUAUAAAACACCAUCGUGUAACUCCUUUGUGGCCACAGGCCAACGGGGAGGUAGAGAGGUUUAUGCGGAACUUAGGAAAGGUGACCAGAGCCGCAGCUGUUGAACAUAAAUCAUGGAAACAGGAACUGUUCAAAUACCUAAGAAAUUAUCGUGCUACACCACACUCCACAACAGGAGUCCCACCAGCAACAGUUAUGUUCGGACGUGACAUUCACAUCAAGCUCCCAUCAGUCGAUGAUGGAAAGGGCACCCCGGACAAAAUCAACAGUGAAAUCAGAUCGAGAGAUAGGGCUGCCAAAGCAAGGAUGAAAUCUUACUCAGACUCUAAACGGAGAGUGAAGGAAUCCAAUCUACAUGUUGGAGACACUGUACUUGUGAGACAGAAGAAAGUCAACAAGCUGACACCUCCUUACAGUCCCAAACCUAUGACUGUGAUAAUUGUCGAAGGAACAAAGGUGACAGCGAAGUGUGAUGGACAUCGUAUAACGCGAAACGCGUCCUUCUUCAAAAAAUUUCGUGGGGAGAAGGUAAAGGGGUCAGGGACACCCAAUAAAAGACUCGUUCGUGAUCUGGACUAUGACGAAGUGGACAUUGUAGAUCCAGUUGCUCAUAAUGAUCCAGCUCCGGUUGAGAUUCAGCCUGCUCCAGUUAGACCUCAGCGCAGAGCCAGGCGGCCCGCAUAUCUGCAGGACUAUGCUGUUUGA